AUGGCCAGGGAAGAAUCUGAAUUGCCGCCAUACUUUCGAAAUAAGGUAGCCUUUAGCUAUGGUACCUUACAGAGAUCGGCAGAGCAAAUAGAGACACAAGAGAAAGUACAACAUGGGGAAGGUACCAAAAUGCAUUUCGAAGUUAUCAGCUUUGAUAAUGGACCUUUGCAAUUUAAUUCGAUUGUAUUCUUGCCACCAGGAGACACUGUACCAUUGAACAUUGAAAAUAAAGCAAUGCAUAGAUUUCGAUCACGCUCAGAAAGGAAACUAAGCGAGUCUGAUCUCACAGUAUUUGCUAGAGUGGUAUUAGAAGAUGGAGGGAGGCGUUAUGUACCUUUGUGCCUUAUGGAAAUCGCAGAUCGGAACUGGUUAACCUUCGUUUAUGAAGUUGACGAAGAUGCAGAAGAUACGACACAACUAGUUGAUGGUCUGCUGGUAGCAGGACGAUUGGGAUGCGUUUCUUACAUAUUGGUACGUCAUAGAGAAAAAGGGAUACCCUGGACGGUAGUACCAGAGGAAGAAGAAUGCCUCUACUAUGGGCAAUAUGUUCUAGACACAAUCAAAAGCAAACCUGCAGUGGAAGCGGCCAAAGCUAUUCUACGACUGGAAACAAAUGAACAUGAAGCAGCAACAAAUACCCUAUCUUUAUCACAUCUAAGGAGAUAUACAGAUGCAGCAACGUGCAAGACACUCUUCGAGGUUAGGGAAGCGGCAUUAAGUGAUGGACGAGAGGAAAGGUUGGUACAACAUUUGAUGGACCGGCUGAAAGAGUUCCUUGAACCAGAAAUAGACGUUAGUGAAUUCGAUGAUAUCAAAGAUAUGUUUAUGGAUUGUUAUAAACACACCAAGUUUAUAUUCUCAGAUAAAAUUCCACUAAAUGAAGUGAUAGACCCGGUAGUGGAAAAAUGUGUUCACCAUAUGACUUUUGAUAUCAACAAUGUAUAUUUCGAUAUCCUGCAGGUGCUAGUACGUGAUUGUGACGUUGCAUACAGGCUAAUGUUUGACAUGGGUUUUGGAAAAACAUUAGUUGCCAAACUCGUAGACACAGAAUCAAAAAGGUGGAUACAGAAAGAAAAUAUGUUAGAUAUGCUUAUAGAAAUUGUAUCACAUGGAAAAUGUAUGCGCAACUUUAUAAGGGCUGACAAUGCAGGAAAAAACGAAUCACUAUGCGAUACUUUGCUCUUGGGUGUGACAGGACUACGCCUAUUCUCAAUGCAAAAUAUGACAGAACGGUUAGGUCAUAUAGGGAAACGUGUGGAGCUGUUUUUGACGCUUUCACGGGUGGAGCAGACGUUCCAGAACCUUGAACCGAAAUUGAACACUGGCAAAGGGCCACAGUACGACAAUCUAGAAAUGUUGAUCCAUUGUGUGAAUGAAGCCAUCGAUAUGGUUAAAUUACAUUAUGUUGGAAAGGUGAAAUACAGUGUACUAAGUGAUAUACGAGAGGUGCGACAAUAUGCCGUAUCAUACGUCAUGGAAACAAGAUUACCAGCUGUGGUAACGGGAUUGAUGAGGGCGCUGUUAUUGCACCUGGAAAGUUUCCCAGUAGCACCGUUCCAUAUUAGCGUAAUGGUGGAAAGUCCAUUGUGGUUGGUAGCACAAUAUAACAAUUUGAUCGACUUCAGUGAUUGCUUGUUAUAUAUGGUACGAAUAUGUGAUUUGGUCAGAGACACAGCUAUGAACAAUGCGCUUCAAAGCGGAAUAUACGCAAACUCGCGGGUGGAAUACUGCAAAGAACGAUGCGAGAGUAUGGCUAUACAUACUAUAUUGCUGAAAAUGGCAUCGGCGUUGUUUGGAAAGCGUUCUUCUCCGCAAAUAGUCAGUGCUAUGCAUCGUAUUUGUACGGAAUACGCCUCUGGAUUCGGCGUCUUAGCCACUAUACUAUCUGAAGACAGUGUCAUCCAGGCUGUGCUUCACAUAAUCACAGCAGGUAUUGAUGAUCUUUCGUCCUCGGAGUUUGUUUCAGGCGGCCCACAGGAUAAUAUGGAACUAUGGCAACUUCUUAAUCUGGUUUGCGAAGCUAUGGUCAAGGAUGAAAGCGGAAGAUUGAUAUAUGUUUUGGGAAAGAAGCUUAUAGCACCCUUAGGAGCAUUCCUAGAUAUUUUUAUACCUGAAGAACCAAUGGUCAUCGAUUUGGAACUACAACCGCUAUAUGAUCUGCAUGUGAACUUACGUCAACUUUUUAAUUCACCUGCAAUCAUGCUAACCGCAAAAAACGAACGUGUUUUCGAGAAUGUCGAUACAUAUCUUCGCGAAAUGCUGAGCAGUGCUGAGGUAGUAUUACAUCCCGACACUUUGAAACAGAGUUUCUCCAAGGCUUCUUAUAUCGACACAAUGGCCUUGGCAGGGAACAAAUUGCCAAAUAGUGUAUUCUUGAUGGAUCCAAGUAUAUCGAAAACAAUGCCAAAGUCAAUGUUGUCGGACCAGUUCAGCACCGUAUUUAGCGUCAGUGAUGAGUCCGUAGAACUCGGUGGAGUCCACUGGAACCCAAAAGAUGGUUACACUACACGAGUAACAGAACUUGGAGUAACAGAAGAUAAGGCAAAUCACUACAGUGCCUGCCGGCUGUAUGUUGCUCCACCCAAGCGGCUACCAGAACACGUGCAAUACGCUAUCCGUUUAUUGAGCUUUGCUGCCACCAUUGACAACUAUAAUACAGUAUUUGGUGAUCUGUUGCAAAAACGAGAGGAUACCGAGACACUGCUAAGGCUCUGGGUACAUAUAGUGGCGUCCAUAUCACCGGACCUGGAUACCGUGAUCAAUGCCGAAAUGGGAGUUUUCAAAUCAUUGGUGGGAUAUGAAUGGUUCUUUGCAAGCGCAGAUGCGGUACCGCUAGUAACUAAUCUGACACAAGUCGUAUACGCAGCUCUACAUCACAUGUCAUCUGACCAGUACUGCUAUGAGCAUACAGACGAACAUCGUCCGGUAGCACAGGCACCUUUGAGAUUCAUAAACGAUGAUAUAUUGGCAUUGGUUGUAAUAUCCGCCAGCAGUGUAAUGGUAGAACGCCGGUGGUCGUUUGAAGGACGCUUAGGAAAUCCCUCCCGCAAAUGCCUCAUAUGGUUAUGCAAACUCAUGUCGUACUGGUAUAGGCGUUUCCAAAAGUCACAAGGGUACGUGAUGAACAAAUUGAUGGGUUGGUACACGUCGAUACCACGUAUGGCUGACGGUGCGGCAUUACUUAUUGUCUCGUGUGGACCAAUGAUCAAUCCCAACUGCACCGUUGAUAUAUAUCGCCGUUCCGAAGGAGAUGACGAAUUGAGUGACGGAAAGAGGUCCAUAAAGGUAUUGUUCGAAGCCCAAGAAUAUACCGUGGCACUCCGUGAUCAAGAGGUACCUAUGGAUGAAGAUGUACCUAAUGCAGAAUUUUGGGGGUUAGUUCGCCGUAUAGAGUCGCUCAAGGUCGCAAUAUUCGCCGAAUUCAUCUGUACGAUAGCAUCAAGGUGCUACUCUACUAACCCGUGUACCAUGGUCCUUUCCAGCGAAAUUGUGCAUUUCUUGAUCAUCAGCGGGGUGCCAAUUAUGGAAUUCGUUUCCGCUCUAGCUAACCGAUGUAUAGAGGAAUGUGUUAAAGGAGGAGCGGAUGUCACAAGGUCUGGCAACAUAUCAGGUAAAGCUUAUCGUUUAUUGACAUUUGGAGCACUUUUAGCCAAGGCACUCGUUUCCAAUGAGGUCGUAGAACCGGCCACAGUCUUGCGUGUGAACAACUGGAUUUUGAAUCUAUUCAGCCACUAUGCAAAGAAUUGCAAAGUUAUCACAGAGGGUUGCUGCAAAGCGCUUUUCGAGGGGUACGUACACGUAUUCAUGUGUCACAAUAACCUAUGGGAGAAUAACCACACAGAUGUCACACGUGACCCAGAAUUCAACAACUAUAUGAAACUUAUCAAUGGCGCGGUUUUUUGGAUAUGCCAAGUCCUGAACGGUUGUAAGGCCAAGGAAACAGAGACAUCACCACAAGGGUCCGGUGGCCAAAGUCAAAUGAAACCUAUAGAAUAUGAAGAUGGUGGGCGUAUGGAUUCGUUAAUGGUCCUCUCUUGGGAGACAAUCCUCGAAGGGUUUCUCGGCCUGAAACAUGCGUUCAAGAUGCCAUUCACAGCGCUAAACAUAUUGUAUACUGUACUCUCGGGACCAAUGGAACUGAUUGUCAAAAUAAUCAAUAAACAGAUUGAUUCAGAAAUCAUCAAAGUCACGCCAUCAGCAGCAUUGUGGUUACACGGGAUUGUUCGUCAGCUAUGCGAUGCUCUAUUACAACAUAACGUGGAGGACAUUAUUUCGGGCGAAGUGACAAGGGAUGCAUCCCUGCAGCUGCUCAUUUUACAGUUGUUACACGAUGUAUGCGCUUCGAUACAUCAAACAGGAACAUCUCAAGACGUUUUCAUAUAUGCACUAAUGUACGGAACCACCCACGCGCCAGAGGCUGAUAUUCUAGAGCUCGAAAGGAAGUCUGGAGUUGUCGCUGGAGGGACUCUGCAGCAGCAGGAAGAUAUAUAUUCCGAUAUUGUUGGCGGCAGCAAGAGUAGGGUACAGCGCAAAACACCUGCAACUGUUGGUACAAAGCAUGGGUCGCUCACUGGUACACUAUUUCAGGCUAUCACAGAUGCUCUAACGACAUUCCGCGAUAGUGUGGUUGCUGGACUUUCCCGAGGGCGUGUUAAACAGUCAGCCAAUGUAGCUUCAACUUCUCAUAUCGCAAACGUAGUGCUAUUGUUGAAUGCAUUCGAGAGCCUCUCAAAGGUUAUUGCUAAGGAUGCAGCUGAAAGAACGCCACCCAAGUCUCUACCAGGGUACAUUUUUUUGAAAGCACCUUCAUAUAGCAGAUUAUUCCGAGAUGCAAUGGCAGAAUCGGGCUCGACAGAUGGCCGUAAUCCCAGCUCAACGCGUUCUAUAAUUACGCGUGUUGCACGGAUGAUACGCUGCGAAGAUUGGGCUGCCAACACAUGUAUGGUAAAUCAGACUGUACCAAGCCCGCUAUAUAACGGUGAUUGCCAAGAUCUACGUUGGAUUUCAAAAUGUUUCAUGUUCAACGGUAGCCAACAGUCCGUAGAUAUGUGGAAAAGUGUCCGCUUUUUGGCUACUGCCAAACUGGCAUUCGCUGACGAGCUGAUGGAAUAUGCCCCGAUAAAAACCAAAAGGAUGGAUCGACCCUUACCUAGUGAAGGUACCCGGUAUAUCCGUAGUGUAAGCACACGAGCUCCCUCGAAACACGUAGACGCAUUCGAAUCGGAGAAGAUUGAUGCUGCGGGUGAAGAUGAAGAUUACACGUUUUCACAAGAAAACAUAGAAAAGGCUGUUGCACAGCUUAGUGGUGUAAUAACGUCGCAAACGUGGCAAGAUUUCGACAAUGAUCUUGUCACUAAUGGGCUCAAUCUGCGAUCGGUAUUGGUAAACCCAGGAUUGUUGAAGGACUAUUCAGCUAGGGCAACGUUCCUGAACGCGCUUUCUAGACACGUUCUUAUUAAGGAACUACUGAUAUCAGUGGGCGUGGACGUUCGUUGA